UCUAAAGUCGCUCCAUCGUUAAGUCCACAUCCAGCAGCUGUUCUGAAUUAUGCGGACCCGGAGGCAAAUGGAAUGGGCGGCUGUUGCCGCAUUUAUCGUCACGGCGUUCUUUCUUUUCAGACUCCAAUUCAAUUACUUUAGUACGCAGGCGUACUCGACAAAAGUCGGACGGCCUUCUCAUUACGAGGCUGAGGAGCCUCCACAAUAUCGAGUCGUAAAAGAUGGGGAUGCUAGCGAGGCGGUUGAGGUAUCAGGCGAAGUUCUGCCAACGAUGACGGAGGUAUCCGCGACCACAGCAGAGAACUUCGAACCAACACCCACUCAUAAAGACUCGACCUCUCCCCUCCCAGAUCGCAUCGUCGUGAUGGGCAAGAUCGCAAUUGAAGACACAUCCUGGGUAUCCUCGCAACUUCCCGACUGGCAAAAUGCCAUCUACACCGUCGACUCCACCAACACCUCCCUCCACACCUCCAUCAAUAAAGGCAACGAAGCAAACCCCUACCUAACCUACCUCGUGACCAACUACGAUACUCUCCCAUCAACCAUCGUAUUCCUCCACGCUCACCGCGACGGAUUCCCUCGCGCCUGGCACACCGAUGCAGUCAACCACGACAACGUCGAAGCCUUGCGGUCUCUAAACAUCAACUUCAUUCAGCGCAAUGGAUAUGCGAACCUACGCUGUAUUUGGGAUCCAGGGUGUCCGGCAGAGGUGCAAUCGUUCCGUGACCCGCCAGAAACCCAUCGGACGAUCGAGGCUGCAAUGCCAAAGGCGUGGCGAGAGUUAUUUGGGAAUGAAGAUGUGCCAAAUAUUCUAGCUACGCCUUGUUGUAGCCAGUUUGCGGUAUCGAGAGAGCAGGUUUUGAAAAGGCCAAUAGAGGAUUAUCAGAGAUAUUUGGAUUGGCUGAUAAGGACUGAAUUGGAUGACGAUACGAGUGGAAGGGUUUUUGAGUAUCUUUGGCAUGUUAUAUUCGGGCAGGAUCCUGUGUAUUGCCCCGAGCUGACGCAAUGCUAUUGCGAUGUUUAUGGGAGAUGUUGAUCGAAGUCCUCCUCUGGGGGAUUGGGCAGCUGCAAGCGCUCCAAUAUCAUUGGACGUGAUUUUCCAAUUUAGGGUGGAAACAUAUCUACCUUCGAAUCCAGUUUCCAGCGCUCUAGUCCGCUCCUGGCUCCUCGCCCUGAAAUAUGGAGAUUAGUGAGCAACAGGAGCUCGAAAACCAGAACACAAGCGCAGCAGUAUUCAGCGAUUCAAGGCCGAGUCAAAUGAAAAGCCAGAAGAGAGUGGUUGUGUAAACGAUGAGACUCGGGACAAGAGAGGAGAAUGGACGAAUCUGCCUACGCUGUCGAGAAAGCGUGAGUAGUAAAGGAGAAGUGAAUAAGACCAAGUCCGCUCUGAAUAUAAGGAACUUUCAAGCAGGGGCCACUAAUGCGACCUGGUUUUGAGAAAAGGCGG